AUGCAACCUCAGUUUCUUACCGCCGCUAUUGGCGGUGUCUUCUAUCUGCUUCACCCUGAAGUGAUUGGCACCAUCCAAGAAGAUGUUAAGCCGGAUAAUAUUUUGCCGGUUACGUUGUUGACUACAGAAGAGCUAUUUAACCCAGAUAUUGACAACUGGCUCAAAGGUCUUGAAAGCCAGGACGACGUCUACUCCAACGCCUUUACCUUUGCUCUCGUUGAGAAGCCAGCUAAAGGCGCGGCUGCUAAAGCUCCAACUACGCGAAGGCGAAGCACAGCCAUUGCUCAAAAGACAUUGUUUACAACACUGUCUGCUCAAGAUCAACCUUGGUCGCUGGCAGACUUACCCACUGGGCCGUAUAUCCUGCACGGAAAGGAGCUCCAUGCAGCCUACAAGCUGUAUGACGACGAUGAAGGCUCGUUUGACGUGGGCAUUAUCCCUGAGCUCUGGAAUGCCACUGACAAGUUUCUGGACUUGCACGGUUUGAAGUUGGACGACCCGGCAGCUCGCCCCAUUGCCGUCCCAUCUAAGCUCUAUCAGCCUGCCCCGUCCGUAGACAGACCACUCUCUGGCGUACGAUUUUCCAUUCCAGAGAAUCUAGAUGUCAGUGGAGUUGUCUCGACGUUUUCGAGCCGCAACUAUUCUUCUAUUCAAACUGCAGCAACUGCACAUGCGGCCUAUGUGAAGAACCUGCUCGCUCAAGGCGCCACGCUCAUCGGCAAGACAAAGACUUCUCAGUUUGGAUCAAGCCGAGACUGGAUUGACACUGUCGCUCCUCAUAACACCAGACAAGAUAGGCAUCAGAAGCCGGGCGGAACUGAUGCUGGAGCUGGAAGCGGUCUUGCCGGUCAGUUUUGGUACCCGUAUGCCAUUGGACAGGAUCAUCUUCACGGUGUUAGGGAUCUCGGCGCCAUCUAUGGACUGCACACUCUCAGAUUCACGCCUGAUCUUGUGUCAAGCACCGGAUUCCACGUCUCGUCGCCGAAAUUUUCCGCACCGGGUAUUUUGACACGCAAUUUGACGGAUCUUGCGUUCUCCGCUCCCGCACUUCUUGGCCAGCCGUUGGCUAAAAUGAAUAUGCCGAAGCGGCUGAUCGUUCCCACCGAUUUCUUUCCGCUCGCAAAUGCCGAAUUUCAAAAGCUCCUAGAUGUCUUUGUAUCAGCAGCACAAGGCAAAUUCAACUUCAAGGUUGAACGAGUUAGCAUAGCCGACCUCUGGUCCAAGAAGCCCCCAUGCAAAGCCAAGGGCAAGGAUUUGAACAAGUUCUUGGGAGAGGCGCCCUUCAAAGCAUUUUGCUACGACUUUUACCACAACUUUGACGCUUUCCGUGCCGACUUUGACAAGAAAGAGGGACAUGUUGCAUUUGAGGAGCCUGAUGUUGCUUUCCAGUGGGCAGUUGGCAAGAAUGUUACCAAGGAAAAGUACGAAUCGUAUCUGGCUCGCAUUAAUCUCUUCAACAAGUGGUUCAAUAAGCAUGUUAUGCCAUCUACGUCUGGCUCGGAUUCGCACGCCGUUAUGCUUCUUCCCAAUGGUCCAACUGUGUCCCAGCCUGCUGACGGUCCAAAUGAACGCAAGGCGCCAAAGGGCCUGCAGCCAGAAUUGCUGGCUCCCAUCCUUGGACUUCCUCAAAUUACUUCGCCAUUUGCCCAAACGCCUAUGGAUCAAUCCAGCUUUGGAAACUACCUCGACGUUGUGGCGUCGCUGAUGGGUGCCAAGAACGACGACCUAAUGCUUGUCCAGCUGAUGCAUAUGGUUUUCCAGCAAUCCAAAUGGAGAGAGUUUGUGCAUCCCGGAUACCAAGUUUUUCCCGUUGGCGACCCUCCUAGAUAUGUCGACGAUGACGCAUACUACCCUUACUAG